UAGAGGAGAGCGUUUAAAGUCCGAAAUUUAAACUGCGAGUCCGCGUUUCCCCGCCUCCUCAUCUGCGCUUCUUGCAACGGCAAUUCAUCUCAAAUAAGAAGGAGGAAGAACGAAGAGCGGCUCUCCGAAUUUUGUCGUGGCCAACUGGAAAUUCACCCAGGACCAUGUCAUUCUCGCGUGCCCCUGUGAAGCGGUACUACGAUGAUAUUCCAAAUCUGCCCGGUCCUAUGGAUUAUGAUCCCAAGGAAUUGGACAAGAAGGGCAAAGGGGUGGCCGAUGUCAGAUCAUGCCGAUUUCCCGCCCUCGCCGGAGCCACCACCCCGGGUCCGGGUCAAUAUGACACGACUACCAAGACAUUUAGGGCGCGACAACCAGAUUCCUUGAAUUCCAGUAAUGCGAGUAACGAGAGCGACGUGUUCAGAACGCCUCGCCCCACCUUGGCCACACCCCGGUCCGUGAUCAAGGUCAAGCGCAGUACGUCCAAUUCGUCUUUGGGCAGUGUUGCCCCGGAUUUGUGGCGGGAGAAGUGCCAAGAUUUGGAGAAACAGAUCAAAGUGUUGGAAGCGGCCUUGGCCGAUGCCCUGAAGGCCCAGGAUGAAUCGGCUCAUUUGGAGGAUGUCAUCCAGGAACUGAGGGCGGAGAUCACGAACCAAAAAGAAGAACUGGAGGCCAAAUUGAACUCGCUGCAGGAUCUAGUGAGAGAGCGAGAACAAAUGAAGCAAGAGUGGCUCAAGUUGGAGGAAGAGAAAACCGGCUGCGAUCAGAAGAUCCAAACGCUCAAGCAACAGUUGGAGCUCUUGACCCAAGAUAAUGAGAACCAUCGCCAGAAAUUGAUGGACGAACAGCGCAGUUUAGAGGAGAAGAGCACUUUCCUCCAUUUCACACAAGAACAGCUCAAUUUCCAGCUCGAUUUGAAAGAUGACCUCGUGAGGCAACUCGAGGCCGAGACCGGGCGCUUGAAGGAAGAGGUGGCCUCACUCCAUCAUCGGUUGGAGUCCGAAAUGAAGGAAAUGUCUGAAGCCUAUUCGAAAGACAAUGCCGAGGCCUUGGAAGCUUUCAAGCUACUAAAGCACGAGAAAGAUAAACUCGUGGUGGACAAGUUUAUGCUGGUCUCCCAAGCAGCCCUGGAAAACGCCAAAUUGGUCGAUGAAAACAUGACACUCUUGGGCGAGCGCAACGACCUCAAGAUCAAGAUCGAAGACCUCAAUGAGGAAUUGAAGAGUGUCAGAGAAGAAAUGGAGGAACUCAGAGCCCAGAUUGACGUCCAUGAGAACGACAAGCAGGUCCUGGAAGAUGAAAUGCAAUCAAUCUUGAAAGAGAAGUCGAAUAUUGCCCUCGAUUUGGCCGAGGUCACCCGGGAGAAGAUGAAAGUGGACCAAGACUUGGCAGGAUUGGAGGAGGAUUACACUACCCUCCUCACAGAAGUCAAGACCGUCAAGGACAGUUUGAGGGCUUUGGAAGUCGCCCGAGUUCGCUCUCAGGACGACCAAGAGGCGCAAAAUUCUCAAAUCCUCGUUUUGUCCGAGACUCUCAAGAAGAAGGAAGAUCAAGUCACCGUUUUGCAAGGGGAAGUCCAGGAGCUGGAGAUGAAAACCAAUUCACUGCAAGGCUCUCUGAGUGCCGCUUUGUUCGAAUCGGCCAACCUGGAAACUGAAAAGCAAGAUUUGACAGCACACGUCGAGAAGAUGGAGGCUUCUGUCCACGAUUACAUCACCAAAUGUCAAGGCCUGGAGAUCGAAUGCGAAGGUCUGUCGAGCUCCAAGGCUGAUCUAAAUGAGACUUGUAUCAUUUUGGAGAACCGCAUGAAGGUCGAAAGAAACGAGAAGAUGGAAGCGCUUCAAGAGCUGGAGCAACUGAAAUCUGACAAGCAAAAAUUGGCCUUGGAGCUCCAAGGCAGCAUAGACGAGCUGAUUGAAGCCAACGAGAGCCUAACCCAGGCUCAAAGAGACUUGGAGCAAACCAACGAGGAACUGGAUAUUGAGAACCAAUCUUUGAGAGCCUUGUUGGAGCAAACCAAGACCGACCUCGAGACCAAAGAGCGCGAGCAAAACCAACUGAUCGAAAUGAACCAGGAGCUCUCCUCUCAGGUGUCUGAGAACCUUCGCACCCUCAAGACUGUGCAAGAUCAUUGUGAAGAGCUAGAGAAGAGGAACCAGGAACUGAAGAGUGACCUCCAAAAUGAACAGGCCGGCUUUGAAUCAGAGCUCCAAAAUCAUUGGGCUGCCGAGGACGAAAUUCUUCAGCUUCGAGCCGAGUUGGAUCGAAUCCAUAGCGAGCGCGAGGAGAGCCUGGAAAAAAUGGGCCUUGAUGCCAAGGAACGGGAAGGUUUGGAACGACAGAUCCAGACGCUCUCGACGGAUUUGUCCAACAUGGAGUCCGAACGAGAUAACGCCCUCAAUGACUUGAAUGUAGCGCAAGCGGACCUGGAGGAACGAGGCAAGAUCCUUCACAAAGUGAUCACAAACAGCAAGGAGAAUGCCAGCAAAAUCGAACAAUACAACGGGCGAUUGAAGGCCUCCGAAAAUGCUUUGCGAGAAGCUCAUGAGAAAUUGAAUGACAUGGCCGACUAUCAAAGCUGCUUCGACAAGGUCAUGGCGGAGAAGAACGAGGCCGAAGCGUUUCUUCAGCAAUACAUCGACGAAGCCGAAGAGAGUUCAAGAGCCAUCCAAAGCAUGAAAGACGAAGCCGCGGAGAGAGAGAAGACUAUCGAUGAGUUAAAACAGGAGCUAAAUACUCUCGCCGGUGAGGUGAACCCCAUCCGAGAAGAAUCCAAAAGCUUCAAGGACAAAUAUGAGGCCCUACUGGCAAUGAUUGAGCCGUACAAAGACCAACUCGAGACCUUCGAGAUGGAACGCAACGCGCUCAUGAGCCAGAAUCAGGCCACCCACGAACAGCUCAAAGAGUUGGCCAUUCAGCAAGCCCAACAAUUGGGGCACCAGAACCACAAGCAAAAGAUCAAUCUUCUUGUGAAGAUCAAGGGCGAGAACGUCGAGAUGAAAAAAGAGAUGACCAAGCUCCACUUGGAGUUGGACAAACUGCGACGCGCUCAUCGAAAGUACGAAACCACGCAUCCGAACCCGACUUGUUGCAAAGCCAAGGCACUUGGAUCUUCUACCUCCGUAACAAUCUCGACAACCUCCACAGCCGGUGUCCGGAAAUCCGAGAUGAUGGCCAAGGAGAACGUGGGCCCAGGUCCAAGACCCGAUCGAAACAGUAAUAAGAUUGUGAUUCGGGGACAGGAUUUGAACCCGGGUUCUCGCGGAGCCUCUCCCUUAGGCCAUCGCAACCGCAAGUGACCUCCUCGCCAUCGAAAUCAUGUUCCCAUAGCCAAAGCUAAACAGAACCCCGUGCCAUGAAGAGUCUACGACUUUCACAGUGUCUUCAGUUUUUAAACACUCUUCUGACUUGCCUGCUCAUCCAUGUCUCUCUUGGUUCUUUGGCACGAUGAACCAAGUCUCUUUCUUACCAAAUGUUUAUACGGUACAAACUUUCUCUUUCUCCGAAAAGCGAACAAAAUAUACUCCUUUUUGUUCUUUCUCGA